AAAACGUGUGGUGCAUCAGCCAAUGAGAACUCAGAGAAAUCACACUCUGAAAUCCGUCCAAAUCCUUUUCCUUACGCCACAUCGCUUGCAUAAUUUCCACACAGACCCAAACCCAAACCAAAGAGACAAAACAGAAACAAAGGUUUUGGCACCAAUUAACUCUACCCAACAACGCUUACACAAUGGCCGUUUCAACCAGUUUCUCUGGUGCAAAGUUGGAGGCUUUGUUGCUCAAAUGUGCUUCCUCCAAUGUCACCACUACCCAUUUAUCUCUUUUUGCCAAAAAUAGAAAAAUACUUACUCAGAGCCAAAGAGGGGCUAUUCGCUGUGAAGCUUCUGCUUCUGAAGUUUUGAUUGAUCCCACUAAGAAUGCUUCUACUGUUUCUGCUCUUCAGCAGCUUAAGACUUCUGCAGCUGAUAGGUAUACAAAGGAAAGGAGUAGCAUUGUGGUUAUUGGGCUGAGUGUGCAUACAACACCUGUGGAAAUGCGAGAGAAACUAGCAAUACCAGAAGCAGAAUGGCCAAGAGCCAUUGGUGAGCUUUGUAGUCUGAAUCAUAUUGAAGAAGCAGCUGUUCUUAGCACAUGCAACCGAAUGGAGAUAUAUGUUGUUGCUCUUUCCAAGCACCGUGGUGUCAAAGAAGUCACCGAAUGGAUGUCAAAAACAAGUGGGAUCCCAGUGGCAGAUCUUUGCCAGCAUCAGUUUUUGCUUUACAACAAAGAUGCCACACAGCACCUUUUUGAAGUAUCAGCGGGUCUUGACUCUCUUGUGUUGGGAGAAGGUCAAAUCCUUGCUCAGGUGAAGCAAGUUGUGAAAGUUGGACAAGGAGUUAAUGGCUUUGGGAGGAACAUCAGUGGCCUAUUCAAGCAUGCAAUCACUGUUGGUAAAAGGGUUAGAACUGAGACCAACAUUGCAGCCGGAGCGGUUUCUGUUAGCUCAGCAGCUGUUGAAUUGGCCUUGAUGAAGCUCCCUGAAUCCUCACAUGGUAGUGCAAGAAUGUUGAUCAUUGGAGCUGGGAAAAUGGGAAAGCUUGUGAUCAAGCAUUUGGUUGCAAAAGGGUGUACUAAGAUGGUGGUUGUGAACAGAAGUGAGGAGAGAGUUGCAGCAAUCCGUGAAGAAAUGAAGGAUGUUGAGAUAAUCUACAAGCCGCUUUCAGAAAUGCUUGCAUGCAUUGGCGAAGCUGAUGUUGUUUUCGCAAGCACAGCAUCAGAGAACCCCUUGUUCCUGAAGGAUCAUGUUAAGGAUCUUCCUCAUGCAACCCAUGAAGUUGGUGGCCAACGUUUUUUCAUUGAUAUAUCUGUGCCUAGGAAUGUAGGGUCAUGUGUCUCAGAUCUUGAGUCUGUGAGAGUGUUCAAUGUUGAUGACCUUAAAGAGGUUGUGGCUGCUAACAAAGAGGAUAGGCUAAGAAAAGCAAUGGAAGCUCAAGCAAUCAUUGGUGAAGAAUCAAAGCAAUUUGAGGCUUGGAGGGACUCAUUGGAAACUGUUCCUACCAUUAAAAAAUUAAGGGCAUAUGCUGAAAGAAUAAGGGUGGCUGAGCUUGAGAAGUGCUUAGGGAAAAUGGGUGAUGAUAUCACAAAGAAGACACAAAGAGCUGUGGAUGAUCUUAGUAGGGGAAUAGUGAAUAAGUUGCUUCAUGGUCCAAUGCAACAUUUGAGGUGUGAUGGAAGUGAUAGUAGGACUCUAAGUGAGACCCUUGAGAACAUGCAUGCUUUGAAUAGAAUGUUCAGCCUUGAGACUGAAAUUUCUGUUUUGGAGCAGAAGAUUAGAGCCAAGGUGGAGCAAAACCAAAGUGAGUGACAAUUUUUUCAUUGAUAACACAUUUAUUUAGCAAUGAGAAUUAUGCAAUCUUAAGUUGCAUGAUGGAAACAGUACUAAUUGUUUAGAGAACUUCAAUGGAUUUGUUGUGUUUGUCUGCUUGGCCCAACUCAUGUUUGAGCUUUUGGGUCGGGUUUUUACACUGUACUUGGACUGUGUAGUAUGUAUUAUAUACAUAAUAGAGGCGUUAUGUACUACAAUGUUAUGGCGAGCUUUGUAUUUAU